AUGUCAUCCACAGCAGUGAUAUCUUCUCUGUCGUUUGAGCAAGAAUCGACAGGGUUUGGAAUCGGAAUAUCCAACCCUCGCAUCUCAUGGAGAUUCAAGACGGACCCGAACCCAAAAGACUGGGAGCAAACGGCAUACGACAUUGAGAUAACGCGCGAGCGCUGUUCGGAUACAGAAAGACAUCACGUUCAAAGUACAAACUCGGUCCUCGUACCAUGGCCGAGUCAACCUUUGAAGUCCCGCGAAACAGCUCAAGUCCGUGUUCGUGCCUAUGGCGGAACAGACUCAGUUCCAACCGAAUGGUCGAACUGGAGUACGAUUGAAUGUGGCUUGUUGGAUAGGAAAGACUGGAAGGCACGUGCCAUUACUGUUAGUGUAAAGCAACCUGAGGGUCCCUUGCGGCCUAUUCGCUUCCGGAAGACUUUCUCUUUUCCUUUUGGCUCAGUGCCACGGGCUCGUCUCUACAUCACCAGCCUGGGAGUUUUCCAGGCCUACAUCAAUGGUGUACCAGUGGGAGAUCAUUUCAUGGCCCCGGGUUGGACAAGCUAUCACCACCGGCUCAACUAUGAGAUGUUCGAUGUCUCAUCGCUCUUGCGUUACGGGGAGUCAAAUACGAUCGCCGUCGAAGUUGCCGAGGGCUGGUAUGCCACCCGUCUUGGGUUCCAUGGAGGUCGCCGGUAUGUCUACGGCGAUGAGAUGGCUUUGAUUGCUCAGUUGGAGAUGCAAACUGCGAACGGCGAUGAGCAUGUCGUGAUAUCGGAUGCAACUUGGAAAAGUCAUCAAUCCGCAAUCAUCAGCAGUGAACUUUAUGAUGGAGAAGUCUACAACGCGCUGGAAGAACAAAUCGGAUGGAACAACCACACUUUCAACGCUCCUUUCAACUCUGAGUCUUGGAGCUUCGUGCAAGAAACUGAUUUCCCCAAGGCAGAGCUCGUGCUAUCCAACGCUCCUCCGGUCAGAGUGACGCAGACGAUCAAGCCAACACAAAUCAUCACCACGCCUUCUAACAAGAAAAUUGUCGAUUUUGGCCAAAAUCUAGUCGGGCGUGCUCGCAUUCCCAAGCUGAACAUACCAAGCGGGGACUCAGUUAUCUUGACACACGCCGAAGUUCUGGAAAAUCAAGAGCUGGGCACUCGCCCUCUUCGCGUGGCGAAAUGCACUGACAAGGUGACAUCCGCAGGCGAUGAGCUCGACUGGGCUCCAAGAUUCUCAUUCCACGGAUUCCGAUAUGUGCAAGUUGACAAUUGGACUCCCACUUUGGGCAAUAUAGUAGCGGAAGUCAUGCACACCGAUCUCACUCGCACAGGCUGGUUUGAUUGCUCCCAUGCAAUGAUCAAUCAGCUUCAUGAAAAUGCUACAUGGUCCAUGCGAGGCAACUUUUUGUCAAUCCCGACUGACUGCCCCCAAAGAGAUGAGCGUCUUGGCUGGACUGGAGAUAUUCAAGUUUUCGCACCUUCUGCCAGCUUCUUGUACAAUACGUCUGGUAUGCUGGGGGACUGGCUGAAGGACCUCUCCUCGGAGCAGCUCGAGAAUGCUAAUGCAGUUCCUCCUCUUGUCGUCCCCAAUGUGAUUUCUGAAGAAUUUUGGCCCACUUUCCCUCAGGCUAUAUGGGACGAUGUCACCAUUCUCCUUCCCUGGACUCUAUACCAAAACUACGGUGACAUCGAUAUCCUUCGAAAGCAGUAUCCUAGCAUGACAGGGUGGCUGGACCGAGGUGUUCAGCGCGGGCCAGAUCGUCUCUGGGAUGACAAUCUUUUCCAACUUGGAGAUUGGCUCGAUCCUACCGCACCGCCAGAUCAGCCAGGAAAUGCCCGGACAGACGGGACACUCGUGGCCGAUGCAUACCUCGUGCAUGUCACUAGAGUACUAGGAGAUAUCAGCACCAUCUUAGGGGAAUUGGCAGACGAAACCCGGUAUAAAACGGAAUAUCACAAGCUGAAACUCCGAUUCCAGGAGAAGUACGUUUCUCAAGAAGGCUGGCUGGUUGGAGACACACAAACAGCACUUGCUCUUGUCUUGGUAUUUGACCUUCUUGAUGAUGCAGACCAGAUAGCAGCAGCUGGUGCACGCCUCGCACGAUCGGUGCGAAAAUCCAAGUUCCAGGUUUCAACUGGCUUCGCGGGGACGCCGCUUAUAACGCAUGCUUUGACGCGAUCGGGUCACCCACAACUAGCAUAUCGCAUGUUGCAGGAGAAAAACUGCCCUUCGUGGAUGUAUCCAAUCACAAUGGGUGCUACAACGAUCUGGGAGCGUUGGGAUAGCAUGCUCCCCGAUGGGUCGAUUAACCCUGGGGAAAUGACUAGCUUCAAUCAUUAUGCCCUGGGAUCAAUCAUCAAUUGGCUUCAUAAGACCGUUGCUGGUGUGAGCCCGUUGGAGCCUGGGUGGCGACAUAUCCUUGUACAGCCUGUCCCUGGGGGUACGGUGACUUCCGCCCAGGCUAUUCAUGAGACGCCCUACGGGCGACUUGAGUGUAGGUGGGAGGUUCGGGAGGGCAACGAGUUCCAUCUGGAGCUGAUCGUACCUCCGAACUCGAAGGCACGGAUUGUUUUACCAGGUGAUUCUGGAGAUGAUUCUCGGUGGAGGAGAUCAGGGCGACAUGAAUUUAGUACGAGAUUUGAUAGUCAGGCUGGUUGGCCUCCCAAGGCACUUUUGCCUCCUAUGUUUGAGGCCGAGGACACUUUUGUUUGA